AUGUCAACUUACAACUGUUCCUUUGAUCUAAUGGCUGAGAAAGGUGGGUGGCUGUGUCCAGAAAAGUGUACCAAUCUGACCUCUGGCAUGAAUGGCAGCCUCAUUGAUCUGGAUGAUGCAUGUUUAACAGAGGAAGAGUACCUGGAAAAAUAUCUGGGUCCUCAUCGAUCACCUGUGUUCCUCCCUGUCUGUCUCAUCUACCUGAUCAUCUUUAUGGUAGGCGUGGUGGGGAAUGUGCUAACGUGUACUGUCAUUGCACGCAACAAAGUGAUGUGGACGCCAACGAACUACUACCUGUUCAGCCUUGCAGUGUCAGACCUGCUGGUGCUGCUGCUCGGCAUGCCACUGGAGCUGUAUGAGCUGUGGCAGAACUACCCCUUUCUCCUCGGGAAGGGUGGCUGCUACUUUAAAAUCUUCCUAUUCGAGACGGUAUGCUUGGCAUCCAUCCUCAACGUGACGGCACUGAGCGUGGAGCGAUACAUUGCUGUGGUGCACCCACUGCGAGCAAAGUAUGUUGUAACACGCACCCAUGCCAAACGGGUCAUUCUCACGGUGUGGGGUGUGUCAGUGUUGUGUGCUGUCCCCAACACAAGUCUGCAUGGGAUUGCCAACCUUCACGGUCGCACCACCAGCCCCUUUGGGAAUGUAAAAGUGGAGAUUCCUGAUUCGGCAAUCUGUACACUGGUGAAACCACGCUGGAUGUACAACUUGACCAUCCAGGUGACCACUUUGCUAUUUUUCAUUGUGCCAAUGCUCACCAUCAGUGCUCUCUACAUGCUGAUCGGGCUGCAACUGAAGCGUGAGAAGAUGCAUCAGGAACUGGAGUCGAAGUCAGGGCAGGACAGCUUCUGUAACAUCCGUAAGGAGCAGCAGAAGGCACGUCGCCGGCAGGUCACUAAAAUGUUGUUUGUUUUAGUGGUGGUUUUUGGGAUCUGCUGGGCCCCGUUUCACACUGACCGUCUAAUGUGGAGUUUCAUCAGUGACUGGACUGACAACCAUCUAGAAAUCUUUGAGUAUGUGCACAUCAUCUCUGGAGUGUUUUUCUACCUCAGCUCAGCAGUCAACCCAAUCCUGUACAACCUCAUGUCCACACGCUUUAGAGAAAUGUUCAAGGAGGUCAUGUGCCAUAGGCCACACCACAUCACUCCCAGAAAACACUCGCUCAGUGUCACGCGAGUGACGCUUCGCAGCAUUUUGAGUGAUGCGCCACUCAGCAACGGAGCCACUGUUGUUGAAGCCGAGGCAGAAGACUGUGAAGUGAGGGUGAAAGAUGAGACCAUUUUUUCAACUUAA